CAUUACCGAUACACCACAAUUAUGAUUCAAUAAUUAAAAGUGAAAAUAUAGAAUUCUGAAUUUUGGUUAUCCAUUCUAUUGAGUGUAAUGAGCAUUUGAAUUAAAGGCACAAUUUCCAAGCCAAACGAUCGGUCGACAAAUCUGAUUCAGCUAAAAAAAAUCAUUGCGCACUUUUUUUUUAUCUCAUUUUUCUAUCAAAAUAUCAACAAUUGAUUGAUUGGUGUCCAUAUUCUUAUCUAUAUCGUUGUAUUACAAGAAUAAAACCCAUACAUACAUGACAUUCGUGCACAAUUUUCCGUAUCAAAAUAGUAGGAAAAUCGAUAUGAUAAUAUUAUUAUCAUAAUAAUAGAUAGCAUUCUAUCCCAGAAGCAACCAUCGAACUCAUAAACCAACAGUUGCAAUCUAACGGGUGUGGUGAAGAUAAAACAUUUCAACGGGUCGUGAGAGUGAACAUCGAUUUAUUUGAAAAUGUGCCAUAAAGUGAUAUUCUUGAUGAUUGUACUUGCCGUGCAUAAUCUAGUUGCAAUUUUACAAUUGAAGAUUACGCAUGAACGGGAUAUUGCAUUUGAAGGGAAUCCAGUUAACCUGCAAUGUGUUAUUUACCCAACAAAAGUGGCACCGACUGAAGAAUUGACAUGGAAACACAAUGGAAAAGUAUUGAAUGCCACAAACACUUUGAACACAGCCAAUACCAUUCUAAUAAACAAAGUAAAAUUGGGUGAUGCUGGAGUAUAUUCAUGUUCAAAUGAUUUGGCCGAAUCGAUGACCUCAUUGGUUGUCAUCAAACCCACACGUAUUGUAAAUUGGGCGCCUGCCAUCGAGAUGACGGCCGGUAGUUCAUUUAAAAUUCAUUGUGACGUGGAGGGAGAUUCCCGCUUGAAAAUCGAUAUAGCGUGGUUCAAUGGGAAGAACAAACAAAAACCCAUCGAAAAUGAUGAUCAUUUCGUGAUAGAAAAUGACUCGUUAACCAUUUCCAAUGUGUCUACAUUGGAUAUCGGUGAUUAUAUCUGUGAAGCUUCCACAGUGGUAGACAAAACGCGCGCCACAGUCAAAUUAACCUUAGAUGAAGUUCCACAUGCUCCAAUUUUGAACGAGAUCAAAUGCCACGACUCACCCUCAUCCGUCGAACUUUCGCCAAGUGUGGAAAUUUCGUGGUCACCAUCCGAGAAUUAUGGGCCCGAUAUUGAGAGCUUUACAAUCUUAUUCAAUACCGCACUCGCUCCGCAUGUUUGGCAUACUGCUAAAGAAAAUAUUCCAUCCAAUGUGUCCACAUCGGAAAUUUCAUCACUGAAACCAUGGACGAAAUAUACAUACCGUGUGAUUGCGAAUAAUAAAAUUGGUCAAUCACCUCCAAGCGAAAUAAGCGCCGUUUGUGCAACCAAACCGGAUGUUCCAUACAAAAAUCCAGAGAAAAUUAAAGUUGAAGGCACCGCACCAAAUAAUCUGGUUAUUUCGUGGAAACAAAUGCCAAAAACUGUACACAAUGGACCCGAUUUCUUCUAUCGCGUGUCCUGGAAACGAGAUAUCGAAUUUGAAAAAUGGAUUGAGACCGAUGUUCAUGAUUGGAAACAAGGGAAUAUUAUCAUAAACAAUCAACCGACUUUCGUUCGUUACCUGGCCAAAGUUGAGGCAUUCAAUUCAAUUGGAAAAUCGAAUGUAAAUGCCGAUGAAUAUUUCGGAUUUUCAGCUGAGGGCGCACCAUUUCAAGCACCUUCCAAUCUUCAAUUGGCUGAUGUUAACAGAAGAUUCGCACUUUUGCAAUGGGAACCGGUGCCAUUCGAAUAUUUCAAUGGCUUUUACAAAGGAUACAAAGUUAAAAUUUGGAACGAUAUCGAUGGUGUGAACAAUGUGACCGAGAUGCAUUUUGUAGCUCCCACUAUCUCUCCUGGCAGUAACUUAAUAACUGCAGUUAAAUUGCCUGCAUUGCGUCCAGCAACUCACAAUUAUGUACAAGUUUGUGUUUUGAAUAGAAAAUACGAAGGCCCAUUCAGUGAUGUUAUAGAAUUUACAACACUCGAAGAUGUUCCUUCGAUUGUGCAAUCAUUCAAAGCAAUCCCAUUUAACACAACGGCAUUAUUUUUGCGAUGGGAAAAACCAACGAAUCCAAAUGGCAAUUUAACGGGCUACAACAUUUAUUGUGAUCAAAUCGAUGGUGGAACAACCAAGUCGAGUGAUGCAUCGAAGCAACAGCAGCCACUAUUCUGGGCUGGUCCCAAUGCAACCGCAGCAUUUGUGACUGAUUUGAAACCAGACACCAAAUAUCGUAUAGCGAUUUCGGCUAGAACAGCCGCCGGUGAAGGCGAACGCGCCAUUAAUGAAUCAAAAACAAAAUCAGAUCAGGGUACACAGCCGCCGUCAAAUUCAACAAUGCCUUCCACUGAAACAACAACACCCGGCGGUUCAUCGUCUACCUCAGGCAAUGUGAUGCUUAUAAUCGGGCUAGUGACCUUUAUGGUGACAAUGGUAAAAGGUGCAUUUUGAUCACAUUCUUUGAGAAAUUGUCGAUUAAAUCAUGAAUCAUGGUCCAUUAACUUCUACUAUGACCUUAUUCACAUAAGUCACCCAAACCAACGUAUCAUUUUGUACAAAUCAAUACGAUGAAUUGAAAUGUAAAGAUUACUAUCUAAGAGCGUAAAAUUAAAUAAAAUU